AUGUAUGACGGACCUGUAAGAGGAGGUACUCGAGGUGGACAAGGUGAUUUCAAAUGGUCACAAGUCGCCAAUGACAAGCAUCGAGAGAAUUAUCUUGGUCAUACUGUAAACGCUCCGGUCGGUCGAUGGCAAAAGAACCAAGAUAUACAUUGGUAUAAUCGAGAUAUCAAGGAUGACGAUCAAGAAAGAGCAGCUCGAGAGAAAGCUGCAGAAAUUAGAAGGGUCAAAGAACAAGAAGAAGAUGCUCUGGCGGCCGCAUUGGGUCUAGCACCGAAGAAAAGAGAUCAAUUUGAUGGUGACGGUGACGGUCAAGGUGGAAGUGGCUCAAAUGAUAUUCCGGUCGCUGGAAGAAAUGCGAAAGAUGAUGAGAUUGAGAGGCUGGAAAAGGAUGAAAGGAAAAGAGAGAAAGCACUACGAAAAGAACAACGGGCGCUUAAACGAGUCGAAAAGGAAAUCAAGCGAGAGGAGAAAGAUCAUCAUAAACGAUCGCAUGGAUCCGAAUCUCGGAGACACAGAGAUGGUGACUCUGACUACGAACGAGAAAGAGAUAGACAUAGGAGCUCAAGACAACGUGAUGAGCGAGAUAGGGAGUACGACAGAGACAGGUAUAGGAGUGACAAAGACAGAUAUAGAAACGGGGAUGGAGACAGAGAGAGAAAGAAUGUAGAUGAGCCUAGACUGCGAGGAAGGGAUGAUUCUCGUACACCACCUGUGAAACGCGAGAGGGAUAAAACAAGAUCUAGAUCACCUAAAAGGGAGAGGUCAUAUACACCAGAAAGGUAUAGACGAAAAGAGGAUACGAGGAGUCGAGACAUGAAGCCUUAG